UCAUUUAUUUUUUUCGUCCCCCUCCCCUUUUCUUUGCUCCCACUUUUUUUUCCUCACUGAAAGCUUUCGAUAAAAUAUAAACAUUUUAAAAGGGGCUACUCUUCUUCUUCUCCUUUGGCGAUCUCUUGUAGCUGAGUAAGAUUGUCUUCCAAGAACACGGUCUCAACAGUGAGUCCGUAAGUGACUGUGGAGGCCAAUUCUGGAUCCACACGUCCUUCCACAGUGGGGACAUUGGUUUCUGGGCAGGAGUUGAUCACGGUGAGGGUUUGCCAAGCCUGCCUUCCUCUUAGCAUGUUUCUCCCUUUCGUCCUGAGUUUGAGUGUCUUCAAAGCCCAUGACAUUUUUGGUAAAGGCUGUUCUCCAAUUGGAGCACUCGCAGGCCAGUGUUGCCCAGUUGUUUAUACUACUGCAAAUAGUAGCUGUGUGAGGGGGGAACUACAAUUCCCAUGAUUCUUUGUGGGAAGUCACGUGCUUUAAAUGCCUGUUGGAUUACCUUUACGUGUAGGUAGGCAAACUAAGGCCUGGGGGCCGGAUCAGGCCCAAUCGCCUUCUAGAUGCGUCCCACGGACAGUCCAGGAAUCAGCGUGCUUUUGCAUGAAUAGAAUGUGUCCUUUUAUUUAAAAUGUAUCUCUGGGUUACUUGUGGGGUCUGCCUGGUGUUUUUACAUGAGUAGAAUGUGUCCUUUUAUUUAAAAUGCAUCUCUGGGUUAUUUGUGGGGCAUAGGAAUUCGUUCAUAUAUUUUUUUCAAAAUAUAGUCCGGCCCCCCACAAGGUCUGAGGGACAGUGGACUGGCCCCCUGCUGAAAAGGUUUGCUGACCUCUGCCUUUAAGUAUGUUGUGAAAAGCUGCUCCGUAACAGCUAACUGUGUGCCUUCAUGGAUUUCGGGUUCCCGUUUUCCCUUGGGUCCUCACCAGUUGUUUUUCUCUCUCUUCCUUCCAGGAGCUGACGGGCAGGAGCAUGAGAAUGAAAGAAAAGCCCGCAGGUUGUUGCUGGAAAGAGGCAGCUGCAACAAAGGGGAAGAGCAGAGAGCAGAAAUGGAAUCAAAACAGGAGGAGGGCAAGUCUCAAAGUGUUGACAGCUCUGCAGUCCCGAUCCAAGAAGACGCAGGCAAAGGAGAGGAAAGGAGCCAGGACUUUGGUUGCAAGUCAAGCCUCGAUGCUCAUUGGAAAAUUCACACCGAGGAAGAACCAUUUAAAUGCUCAGGCUGUGAGAAGAGCUUCUGUAGUAAAUCAGCCCUGAAGAAACAUCAGAGAAUCCACACAGGGGAGAAACCAUUUAAAUGUUUGGAUUGUGGACGGUGCUUCCGUUGGCCCACGAGCCUUACUUCCCAUCGCAGGAUCCACACCGGGGAGAAACCACACAAAUGCUUGGAGUGUGGAAAGAGCUUUGGUUCUUACGAAUACCUUACUAUCCAUCAGAGAAUCCACACGGGAGAAAAACCCUUUAAGUGCCUGGAGUGCGGAAGGGGCUUUAGCAGGAGCGAUGCCCUUGCGUUGCACCAGAGAAUCCACACAGGGGAGAAACCAUACAAAUGCUUGGAGUGUGGAAAGACGUUUCUCCACAGCCAAAGCCUCAUUUAUCACGAACAGCUUCACACAGGAGUGAAGCCGUAUAUGUGCUUUGAGUGUGGGUGCAGCUUUAGUAGAAGAAGCAGCCUCACUUCGCAUAAAAGAAUCCACACAGGGGAGAAACCCUUUAAAUGCCCAGAGUGUGGAAAGAGCUUCAGUUUGGCCUCGGGACUGAAUUCUCACCGGAGAAUUCACACAGGAGAAAAGCCGUGUUCGUGCUUUGAGUGUGGGAAGAAGUUUGGCAACCCCUCAAGCCUCACUUCCCAUCAAAGAAUACACACGGGAGAGAAACCAUUUAAAUGCUCCGAGUGCGGGAAAACCUUCAGCAGAAGCGCCAACCUGAAUUUGCAUCAGAGAAUCCACUCGGGAGACAAACCCUAUAAAUGCCUGCAGUGUGGAAACAGCUUCACUAGGAGCACUAGCCUCACUUCUCAUCAGAGAAUCCACAUGGGCGAGAAACCGUUCAAAUGCCUGGAGUGUGGAAGGAGCUUCAUCCAGAGGUCUUGCCUUACUUCUCAUCAAAGAACCCACACUGGGGAGAAGCCGUUUACGUGCUCCGAAUGUGAAAAGAGAUUCAGUACUAAGAAAACCCUUGCUUUACACAAGCGGCUUCACACAGGGGAGAAGCCUUUUAAAUGCUCGGAGUGCGGAAAGAGCUUUAACAGGAGGGAUGCCCUCCUCUCCCAUCAUAAAAUCCACUUGGGGGAAAAGCCGUACAGAUGCUUGGAAUGUGGGAAGAGCUUUGUUUUGACCAAGUACCUCAGUAAUCAUCAAAGAACGCACACUGGAGAGAAGCCAUAUAAAUGCUCUGAGUGUGGGAAGAGGUUUAUUGACGGCAAAAGUCUCUCUUACCACCAGCAGCUGCACACUGGUGCGAAACCUUUUGGAUGUUUGGAGUGUGGGAAGAGCUUUCGCCAGAGUUCAGACCUUACUUCUCACCAAAGAACCCACACGGAGGAGAAACCGUACACGUGUUUGGAGUGCGGAAAGAGUUUCAGGAAGAUUGGCAAUCUCGCCUCCCACCAGAGGACUCACAUGGAAGAGAAACUGUACAUGUGUCUGGAGUGUGGAAAGAGCUUCAGGAAGAGCAGCAACCUCUCUUCCCACCAAAGGACUCACACAAAGAAAGAAGCCUACAAUUGUCUGGAGUGCGGAAAGAGCUUCAGUUGGCUUAACUCCUAUACUUUACAUCAAAGAAUUCACACAGGAGAGAAACUGCUCAAGUCCACGCAAGGUGGAAUGAGUUCCUGUGAGAGCACCGGCUCACAUCAAACUAUCAACUCUGGGAAAGAAACUAUAAACAUGCUUAGAAUGUGGCAAGGGCUUUAGUCAUAGCAAAACCCUCACUUCCCACCUGCAGCUUCAUGCAGAAGAGAUGAUAUAACUUGCCACUAAAGAAUUCAGAGAAGCCUGGAAAUGUAAAACGCCUAGGGUGUAGAAAGAAAUUUGCUCAGAAGGCAAACUUCACGAAACAUCCCAAAACAGUGGAGAAGCAAUAUCACAGCUGGCGGGGGCUGUUGGGAGUUCAAAUUCUUCUGUUGAUGGUAAAAAAUUGGUGGCUGGGAUUUUGUGCAUGAUCAUGUGACCAUGAUGUGAAGUGGAGAAGGGGGAAUUAUUGAGCUGCGAUUCCUGCCUUGCAAGGGGUCAGACUAGAUGACCCUUGGGGGUACCUUAACAAUUCUAUGAUUCUGUGAUAUCUCAGGAUAUGGAAUAGCUACCAUCUUGAUUGUGGUGAUUUCUUACUUUUGUUUAAAUAUUUUUGUGGCCACUCUAGCAGGAGAACAAUACAAUAUUAAGAUAGUGUGUAAUCUGAUAAUGUAACUGUCCUUUGCUCUUGGGAUUAUUUUGUCUCUCUGUAUUUUGUUCUGCACAUUGUGGUAAUAUAUUUCAAAAUGUUUAAUCCUUGGUUUUAAUUUUUUUUUAUUACAGUAUUUAGGAUUAAAAUGGUUGCUUUUAACCGUGUUUUACUCAUUUCAUUGUUUCGUAAACCGUUGCGAGGGUUUUUCAAAUAAACAGUCCAGCGGUAAAUACAUUUUGUGAAAUAAAACCAGAAAUGUAUUCUUUCGUUUAUUUAUUAUUGCAUGCACCUGUUUCAAGGUGAUGUGUAAUAAAAAUGGUUUUAAAACACCACCAAAAAACCCAACAGGCAUAUUUAAACAA